UCGUCGGCCCGAGCGAUGGCGCUCUUCCGGGGAAUGUGGGGCGCGCUAAGGGCGCUCAGGCGCUCUGGGGCCGAGAUGUGCGCGGGUUGAGGAGGUCGCUUGCCCUAGGCGCUCAGCCUUAUCUGUAUUCCGAAAUGUUUUUCAUCCAACUUGGGUAGUUAUCCAAAGAAACCUAUGACUUCAUACCUUCGAUUUUCUACAGAACAGCUACCCAGAUUUAAAGCUAAACACCCAGAUGUAAAGAUCUCAGAACUGAUUAGAAUAGCGGCCUCAUGGAGGGAACUACCGGAUGCAGAAAAAAAAGUGUAUGAAGCUGAUUUUAAAGCAGACUGGAAAGCAUACAAAGAAGCUUUGAGCAAGUUUAAAGACCAGCUAACUCCAUCUCAGCUGGUAUCUUUUGAGAAAGAAGUCAGGCAAAAACGUUUAAAAAAGAAAGCCUCAAUAAAAAAGAGAGAAUUAACGUUGCUUGGAAAACCAAAAAGACCUCGAUCAGCCUACAACAUUUAUGUAUCUGAAAGCUUCCAAGAGACUAAAGAUGGAUCUGCUUCAGGAAGACUGAAGUCUAUAAAUGAGGCUUGGAAAAAUCUAUCUAGUGACGAAAGGCAAGCGUACAUUCAGCUUGCUAAAGAUGAUAGAAUUCGUUACGAUAAUGAAAUGAAGUCUUGGGAAGAGCAAAUGGCUGAAGUUGGACGAAGUGAUCUCAUCCGUCGCAAUGUGAGACGAUCAGACAUCCCUGAGGAUUAAGAUAGAAGAUGGAGUUGUCUCUGUGAUUAGGCACAAGAAACCAAUUAGGUCUCAAUGCCUUAAGUUGUCACAUUAGAAAGGAUAAGGCUGGUUAACAUUUGAUAUUCAGUUCCUUUUUCUGUAGCCCAUGGACUUCUGCGCGUUGAAUACAUUUCUGUAUUUCAAGCCCUGA